GCAAAAGCAAAAAAAAAUCUCAUCACAUUCUGUCAAAAUUAUAAACGGGUUACAGCAAAAUUCGUCUCGUCGUCGUAAAGUCGUGUAUUGUGUGGAAGUGGAAGUUUCUGACGAAGAUUUCAGUGUCCUCAUCGAUCUCGCACAUCGUAGCUGAAGUGAAGAAGGUACCUCAGAUAGACCGUACUGAAACUGAUAGUAUAAAAGUGAACAGAAGCAAUCGUGAAGCAGUGUGAAAAAAAUCGGUUGGUGAACACAACAACAGCGUCCGUGCCGGCGAAUAACGAAGAUGCCUCUUUUUGGCAAGUCGCAGAAAAGCCCCCAGGAGCUUGUGAAGGCAUUGAAAGAAGCGGUCAAUUCGCUAGAACGGGGCGACAAGAAAGCAGAAAAGGCACAGGAAGAUGUUAGCAAAAAUUUGGUUCUCAUAAAAAAUAUGCUAUACGGAACGUCAGACGCAGAACCACAGACGGAAAUAGUCGUGUCGCAACUAGCACAGGAACUAUACAAUAGUAAUCUACUCUUGCUUCUAAUACAGAACUUAAGUCGUAUCGACUUUGAAGGUAAAAAAGACGUUGCCCAGGUGUUCAACAAUGUGCUCAGGCGGCAGAUCGGCACGCGAUCACCGACCGUGGAGUACAUCUGCACCAAACCGGAGAUUUUAUUCACACUGAUGGCUGGAUACGAGCACCAGGAAAUCGCACUGAACUGCGGCACGAUGCUGCGGGAGUGCGCCCGCUACGAAGCGCUGGCCAAAAUUAUGCUUCACUCGGACGAGUUCUUCAACUUUUUCCGCUACGUUGAAGUGUCCACCUUCGACAUCGCCUCGGAUGCCUUCUCCACCUUCAAAGAGCUGCUGACACGCCACAAGAUCCUGUGCGCCGAGUUCCUCGAGCAGAACUACGACAAAGUGUUCAACCACUACCAGCAUCUGCUGAAUUCGGAGAACUACGUGACGCGAAGACAGAGCUUAAAGCUACUUGGAGAGCUGCUACUGGACCGGCACAAUUUCACGGUCAUGACAAAGUACAUCUCCAACCCGGAUAAUCUGAAGCUGAUGAUGAACAUGCUGAAAGAAAAAUCACGAAACAUUCAGUUUGAGGCGUUUCACGUCUUUAAGGUAUUUGUAGCGAAUCCGAACAAACCGAAACCAAUUCUUGACAUACUGCUACGAAACCAGGAGAAGUUGGUAGACUUCCUAACGAAAUUUCACACGGACCGAUCCGAGGACGAACAGUUCAACGACGAAAAGGCGUACCUGAUCAAGCAGAUAAAGGAGCUGAAACCGGCGCCGGAUCAAUAGUAAUACGGGAUGCGUGAAUAAACAAACACACAGACAGACAGACACACACAAACGAUCCACACGUUUCCCUCGCCCUUUACGCUGUGUUUCGCGCUUCCUGUUAAUCCCGUUUCCCCCGCACUAGUAUUUUGUAACAAAGGUAAAUACAUAUACUAUAAAUAAAAUAAAUUUAGAAUAUCCAGUAAAAGUUAGUUACAAUAGUGGUUAUAAAUAAAUUUUGAAAAAAACACACAUAAAAAUACUGGAAAACAAAACAAAACAGUCGAAAGAAGUUAAAUGAUAGUUGGAUAGGAAAGAAAAACAGAACAUUAUGUAAUCUUAGACCUUCUGCAAACAAAAAUCACACCAGAGAGUAAUAUAUUUAUUAAGACAAAAAAAACGAUUUUCGGCUGCUAAGAAACGAUAAUACCUACAUACAUACAAUGUUGUACUAUUAAAAGUUGCAGUUUUGUUUUUGUCUUGCACCACCCGGCAGACCAGCUGUACUUGUAAGAUUCGAGGAUUCUUAUAGAAUGGAAUAAUAAAGUAAACCCGAAAUCGAUCCUCUCAAAACUACUUGUCGUUUACACAACGCUAUAUUCUGUUGCUGCUGAUUGCAGAUAGAAAGAGGUCGCUAGAAACAAAAACAACAUUUACACUUUACUGUUUUCACUGUAGUAGUUUGUGUUAAAUAUUACUCUUAUACUUUGUCAUAUUCCUUGAAAUUUUACACUAGAAACAAACCAAACAGAGGGUUUUCCGAUCUAUGCAACAUAGUUUAAACAUUUAUUUGAUACCUUUAUACCUCAUUAGUCUCCAGAUAAAAUCAAGCAUGCUAAUACAUUCUCUCACGAAGGAAGUAAACCCAUCACAACGCUUCGGCAAUUAGGUUUUACAAGUUGGAUAUGCUACUUUAAGAAAUCUUGGCUAUCUGUAUAGAUUACCGAUCUUUGUUGAUACGUAUACUAGGUUGUAUGAACGAUGGUGUUCAAAAUUCAAAAAAGAAAGCGAUCAAAUCGUAUACUUUAUGUUUAUGUCACGGAAACCACUCGAUAGGACAUUGUCAUUAUUAGAUUACUGGUGAUUUUAUGAGGGGUGUACCCCAUAUGGCAUAAUGGACGUUUGGCAUAACGGGUUUGGCAUAAAGACGUUUGGCAUAAUGGACAUUUGGCAUAAUGCUUAUUGAGAGGUAGCGACAUUUGGCAUAAUGGACGUUUGGCAUAAUGGACAUUUGGCAUAAUACCUAUUGGGGGUUAAGGGACAUUUGGCAUAACGGACGUUUGGCAUAAUGGACAUUUGGCAUAAUACCUAUUGGGGGGUAAAGGGACAUUUGGCAUAAUGGACAUUUGACAUAAUGGACAUUUGGCAUAAUAUUGGGGAGUGAAUCCAAAAUUAUCAUAAUCAACUUUCGUCAUAUAUAUGAUGUUUUAUUUUGUUACUUGGUUUGUUAUCAACAGAAAAUAAAUAUUUUCCAUAUUAUAUGAAUCACGCAAUCUGUAAGUAGUUAGAUGGAUCGCAAAGAGAAAAUGAUUAGAGAUAGGCACAUUUGAACAUAUUUUUAAUAGGUUAAAAGGGUCCUUUGGAUUACGUGAUGUAAAUUUAGCAAGUGAAAUUUCCGUAAUUCGAUAGCUUGAAUAAUGAGUAACAUGUAAACUGUACAUUGUACAGUACUACAGUAGAAUACAGAAGUAUAAUUGCGUUCUUUGUAAAGAAGGGCGAAUCACUAUACUUUUCAUAUACUAUUUAUUUAUUAAUAUGCACAGAAUAGUAUACAUAUUGCGCGCACGAAAGGUUCCUCCAUGCGCUUCGCACGCGCUGACGUGUAGAAACUCUUGCAGCCAAACCCGCGUGUUAGCGAAGAGUGUGGUGGUAUGCUUCGCGCGCGCAGGGUUCGACUGAAAAAUUCAUAACGCCGAAAAUACUCAAAUGUUCUUUCCAAAAUGUUAAAGGCGUUAAGAAAAAUAUUUUAAGAGAAAAAAAGUCAUCCAACUUUUCAAUAUUUUACAUUAAAUAAGCAGCAUGAUUAUUUUUAAUAAACUUCAUUCGAAAACUGAGAAAAGCACACAUUACAUGCUUUCAACAAUUUUUAAUAUCUUCUUCAGUUAUUGCAGUAUUGGAGAUUAAAUAAAAGUAUUUAAAAAAAAUUAAAGCAAAUUACUACUAUUUGAAAGAAAAAAAUACGUGUCAAAUAUUUUAGUCAGCCAAAUCGAAACAAAUGGUAAACAAAAUUUGGGGUGGUAAAUUUUAUGUGGAAUGCUCCAUAUAUAAUGUAAAGUAGGGUGCAUCAUAAUUCUGUGCAUAAUAGUAAUUAAGUAUUAUAUGAAAAGCAUAGCGAUGCAGCCUUCUUUACAAAUAACACAAUUAUACAUCUGUAUUCUGCCGUACAUGUUACUCUUUAUUCAAGUUAUCAAAAAACGGAAGUCUUACUUGCUGAAUUUACACCACGUAAUCCAAAGGACCCUUUUAACCCAUUAAGAAUAAUGUGUGUAAAUGUGCCUAUAUUUAGUCGUUUUUUGCGAUGAUCCAUCUAAAUACUUAUAGAUUGCGUAAUUCAUACAAAAUGAAAAAUAUUUUUUUGAGUUGAUUCCAAAUUACGAAAUAAAACAUCGUAUAUAUGACAAAAGUUGAUUAUGAUAAUUUUGGAUUCACUCCCCGAUAAAUACUAUGCCAUUUUAUGCCAAACGUCCAUUAUGCCAAAUGUCCCUUUACCCCCCAAUAAGUAUUAUGCCAAAUGUCCAUUAUGCCAAACGUCCGUUAUGCCAAAUGUCCCUUAACCCCCAAUAGGUAUUAUGCCAAAUGUCCAUUAUGCCAAACGUCCAUUAUGCCAAAUGUCGCUACCUCUCAAUAAGCAUUAUGCCAAAUGUCCAUUAUGCCAAACGUCUUUAUGCCAAACCCGUUAUGCCAAACGUCCAUUAUGCCAUAUGGGGUACACCCUUUUAUGAGAACACUGUUCCUACACAGAAAGCGCAACACGAACGAGUAAUUACAAGAUUUGCACUUCAGAGAAAGAGAGAAAGUGAGGAUUGGAACUGAAAAGGUUCUACCGCCAAAUUGCAAUAACAUAAAUUCGUGCAUAUACAUAUUUCAUGGCUUUUUAUGUGUAUUUAGUAGAUGGAAUUCGAUUUAUGCAAAACAAAACCCCCUUUUGUCAGCAUCGUAAGAAUGUAUAUGAUUAUUAGUUUGUUGAAAGCAUUACACAAUACAGUUUAGCGGUUUAGCUAUCGAAUCAAUCAUUUGAGUUCAAUAGUGAUAAGUUGAGUCAAACAGCUACAGCUAGCGAAACUAGAAACUGUGUGUGUGGUUUUUCGAGUAAAUCCAUCGAACUAAAAGAGCAAAAUAGAUACCGUUUGCAAGUAAAUCAAAUGGAAUAGUGGAUUCGGCUAGAUUGUUUUAUAAGCAGGUGGUAAAACGAUUGAAACGUGAAAUACCAAUAAAGACAGACGAGUCUCAA